UGCUCAGCUCUCUGUAACGUGCUGCCGGGUCCUAGCAUGGAGGAGUGAAAUCUCCCAGUUGCAGCCGGUUCCAGCCUCCGGAACCUGCCCAAAGCCGAGUCCUGGAGAGCACCCUGAGGGAGCAGGGUGGCUGCCUGGUCCAGGAAUGUUUACCCUUGCAGAAGUUGCUUCACUUAAUGACAUUCAGCCAACUUACCGAAUCCUGAAACCAUGGUGGGACGUGUUUAUGGAUUACCUGGCUGUCGUUAUGCUGAUGGUAGCCAUCUUUGCAGGAACCAUGCAACUUACCAAAGAUCAGGUGGUCUGCUUGCCAGUGUUGCCAUCUCCUGUAAAUUCAAAGGCACACACGCCACCUGGAAAUGCUGACAUCACCACCGACAUUCCGAAGAUCGAAGCAGCUACUGACCAAGACCAAGAUGGGCAGGCAACAAAUGAUGUUUCCUUUGGCACAUCUGCCGUGACCCCUGACAUACCUCUCAGAGCCACAUAUCCUCGUACAGAACCCACAGUUCUCAAUCAGGAGGUGAAGAAAGACCCAACAGGCCGAAAAACAAACUUGGAUUUUCAGCAAUAUGUAUUUAUUAAUCAGAUGUGUUACCAUCUGGCCCUUCCAUGGUAUUCUAAGUAUUUUCCCUACCUUGCUCUGAUACAUACUAUUAUUCUCAUGGUCAGUAGCAACUUUUGGUUCAAAUACCCCAAAACGUGCUCAAAAGUAGAGCAUUUUGUUUCAAUUCUAGGAAAGUGCUUUGAAUCUCCUUGGACUACUAAAGCGUUGUCUGAGACGGCGUGUGAAGACUCAGAGGAAAACAAGCAGAGAAUAACAGGUGCCCAGACUUUACCAAAGCACGUGUCUACCAGCAGUGAUGAAGGAAGCCCCAGUGCCAGCACCCCGAUGAUCCAGAAAACGGGCUUCAAAUUUUCAGCUGAGAAGCCUGUGAUCGAAGUCCCCAGCAUGACCAUUCUGGAUAAAAAAGACGGGGAGCAGGCCAAAGCCUUGUUUGAGAAAGUGAGGAAGUUCCGAGCCCAUGUGGAAGACAGUGACUUGAUCUAUAAACUCUACGUGGUCCAAACAGUUAUCAAAACAGCCAAGUUCAUCUUCAUCCUCUGCUACACUGCAAACUUUGUCAACGCAAUCAGCUUUGAACACGUCUGCAAGCCGAAAGUUGAGCAUCUGACUGGGUAUGAGGUGUUUGAGUGCACCCACAAUAUGGCUUACAUGUUGAAAAAACUUCUCAUUAGUUACAUAUCCAUUAUUUGUGUGUAUGGUUUUAUCUGUCUCUACACUCUCUUCUGGUUAUUUAGGAUACCGCUGAAGGAAUAUUCUUUUGAAAAAGUCCGAGAAGAGAGCAGUUUCAGUGACAUCCCAGAUGUCAAAAACGAUUUUGCAUUCCUUCUACACAUGGUAGACCAAUAUGACCAGCUGUACUCCAAGCGUUUUGGUGUGUUCUUGUCAGAAGUCAGUGAAAAUAAACUUAGGGAAAUUAGUUUGAACCAUGAGUGGACAUUUGAGAAGCUCAGGCAGCAUGUCUCCCGUAAUGCCCAGGACAAGCAGGAGUUACAUUUGUUUAUGCUAUCAGGUGUGCCCGACGCUGUCUUUGACCUCACAGACCUGGAUGUGCUGAAACUUGAACUGAUUCCAGAAGCUAAAAUUCCUGCUAAGAUUUCUCAAAUGACCAAUCUCCAAGAGCUUCACCUCUGCCACUGCCCUGCAAAAGUUGAACAAACUGCUUUCAGUUUUCUCCGUGAUCACUUGAGAUGCCUUCAUGUGAAGUUCACUGAUGUAGCUGAGAUUCCAGCCUGGGUGUAUUUGCUGAAAAACCUCCGAGAGUUGUAUUUGAUUGGCAAUUUGAACUCUGAAAACAAUAAGAUGAUAGGACUCGAAUCUCUCCGAGAGUUGAGGCAUCUUAAGAUUCUCCACGUGAAGAGCAAUUUGACCAAAGUUCCCUCCAACAUUACAGAUGUGGCUCCACAUCUUACAAAGUUAGUCAUUCAUAAUGACGGGACUAAACUCUUGGUACUGAACAGCCUUAAGAAAAUGAUGAAUGUCGCCGAGCUAGAACUCCAGAACUGUGAACUAGAGAGAAUCCCACAUGCUAUUUUCAGCCUCUCUAAUUUACAGGAGCUGGAUUUAAAAUCAAAUAGCAUACGCACAAUUGAAGAAAUCAUCAGUUUCCAACAUUUAAAAAGACUGACUUGUUUAAAAUUAUGGCAUAAUAAAAUUGUUACCAUUCCUCCCUCCAUUACCCACGUCAAAAACUUGGAGUCACUUUAUUUCUCUAACAACAAGCUCGAAUCCUUACCAGUGGCAGUGUUUAGUUUACAGAAACUCCGAUGCUUAGAUGUCAGCUACAACAACAUUUCAAUGAUUCCAGCAGAAAUAGGAUUGCUUCAGAACCUGCAGCAUUUGCAUAUCACUGGGAACAAAGUGGACAUUCUGCCAAAACAAUUGUUUAAGUGCAUGAAGUUGAGGACUUUAAAUCUGGGGCAAAACUGCGUCACCUCCCUCCCAGACAAAAUCAGUCAGCUAUCCCAGCUCACACAGCUGGAGCUGAAGGGGAACUGCCUAGACCGUCUGCCAGCCCAGCUGGGCCAGUGUCGACUGCUCAAGAAAAGCGGGCUUGUUGUGGAAGAUCACCUUUUUGACACCCUACCACUUGAAGUCAAAGAAGCAUUGAAUCAAGACCUAAAUGUUCCCUUUGCUAAUGGGAUUUAA